AGGCGAUACGCGAGUCAGCUCUGAGCUCUCAUGUACCGUUUAUUCGGUAUUUCGGUAUUCAAUGCUCAGUUCGAGCGAACGCGCGAUUGCGAUGAGUAAUUGCUUACUAGUAAGUAGUACGUAAAGGCUUCAUACAUAUACAGUCUGCAGUGUGUGCUAUACGACAAAGGCGUAAAAUGCUCGUUGAUCGCCUUCGACGACGCUCGUUUAAAAAGCAGCUAGCCCGAUAGCUUCGAUAGAUAUUACGAGUUUUUGGAGUUCUAAGCCUCUGGCAGUCGCGUCGAGUGCCUCGCAGUAUGCUAACAUGAAUCCCGCGAGUUCAACAAUCUGCAGUCUUCGAAAUUUAUAGCCUUUUUUCCACCGUUACAAUCUAAUGACAAUCUGCACAGAAUUUCAAAAUAUGGAAGAUCAUAAACAAGCUGCUCGGGCAAAAAUGAGGCCAAAAAAUGUAAUUGAUUGGAGUGUACGAGAUGUUGAAAGUUGGUUAUUACAAUCUGGUCAUACUCAUGCAGUUGAGCAAUUUAAAGUUCACGACAUUGAUGGCAAGGCUUUAUUGAUAUUAAAGGAAGAUGAUUUAAAUAGAAUGGACAUUUUUGGAAUCGGAAAGACAAAGAGGCUAAUUAUCAGUAUUAAACAAUUACAAAAAGAUAACGUAUCUCAAUUAAUUGAACUAGGAUAUUUAGAAAUACUCCAUACACCAAUAUCAUAUUCUUCCAGAAAUAAUGAUGUCAUAACUUUUAGUGGUGGAACUGUAGAUAGUUCUAUUGAUCAGGAAUUUUAUUCUGCAUCUGUAUCAGAAAAUGGUACUGCUUCUCAUUUACCUCCAGAAAUUUGGAAGGCUUUCAUAAGCUUAGGAUAUUUGUUCAUUGUCACAUGGAUCACUGCUUUUGUAAUGGUAAUAGUUCAUGACAGGGUACCUGAUAUGAAAAAAUAUCCACCACUACCGGAUAUAUUCUUAGAUAAUGUGCCACAUAUACCAUGGGCAUUUGAUAUGUGUGAAGUAACAGGAACCCUCUUAUUUGCUCUGUGGUUGCUAGUAUUAAUUUUUCACAAAUACAGAUUCAUUUUAUUGAGAAGGUUCUUUGCGCUCUCUGGUACAGUUUUUCUAUUAAGAUGCGUCACGAUGUUGAUUACGUCACUCUCAGUUCCUGGUGCACAUUUACAAUGUAAGCCAAGAAAUGUGUAUACACCAGAUUCUGUGAGUUUUUACAAUGAACUUUACAAUAAAAUAGAGAUGGCUUAUGUGAUUUGGCGUGGGGCUGGAAUGUCUAUCCAAGGAGUUAGAACUUGUGGUGAUUACAUGUUCAGUGGGCACACGGUAGCACUAACGAUGCUAAAUUUUUUUAUAACAGAGUAUACUCCAAGGCAAUUUUAUUUCGUUCACACUUUCACAUGGAUGUUGAAUAUGUUUGGCAUAUUUUUCAUUCUUGCAGCUCAUGAACACUAUUCCAUCGAUGUUUUUGUUGCAUUUUAUAUCACGUCCAGGUUAUUUUUGUAUUAUCAUACAUUAGCCAACAAUCAAGCUUUGAUGCAAAGGGAUUCGAAUAGAACAAGAAUUUGGUUUCCUUUGUUUAGCUUCUUUGAAUCAUCUGUAGAUGGUAUCGUACCAAAUGAAUAUGAGUCGCCUUCAGUCAUAAUUUGUAAUUUAGUUAAAUCUCUCAAAGACUGUGGUAAUCACUUACGAAAAUGUACAUAUAUAUUGAAAUUAGAAAAAAAUUCCAACGGUAAUGUUAGUAGCAAGAAAAAAAAUCAUUAAAAAAAUCGGAUACCAAAAUUGUUCAUAGUUUAAACUAUUCAUUUAGUUUUUUUGUAAUUAAAUUGUUGAAAUCUACAAUAUUAUGUUAAUUUUGACAAACAGUUUGGUCUGAUUUUAAAAAUAGUUUUGAUUAGUGGUGUAAAAAUUCAAAAAAGCAUAUUUUUUGUGUAAAAAAUUAAUAUGUAUAUUAUCCUCGUCAUGUGAUAAAUGUUUGACUUACUAAACUGUCUUGAAAUUUCAAUCAAAACAGUUUAUUAAAGACUUGAAACCCGUAAUUAUUUUAAUAGGUCACAAACAUUAUUCUCGACGAAAACACAAAAUUAUGAUAAACCGUCCUUAGUGGCAAAACUCAUUUUGUAUUCAUAUUCAUUCAACUGCACGUAACUUUGGAACUAUACAAAAAAGUUUGAUACUCAGAUAUAAUAUUUUAGUCAAAGUCGUACAAUAAAUCUUAUUGUUAUAUUUUUUA